GCUGAACCUUGGACAGCCCAUGGAGCGUACAAACUCCAGGAGGCGCAAGGCUGGCCUUUCAGGUACAAUGGAUGAGAAAGUCCAGGAGAGUGCUUCGAUACGAAAGUCAUUAUCAUCACAAGCGAACCUUAGUAGCCCGGUCGUGCCCAUACCACUCUCACCCCUGCAGACGUGGUUGCGCUAUUUCAUCUACCUGAUUGUCAGUCUACUGAUAUUCGGCUUUCUUGGUGCGAUCCUCUUCGGUCAGCUCAAAAGUGCUUCUCGAAAUGCAGUCAACGUUGGGGAAGCAGAUGCCGCUCAAGAAACGCCGGCCGGUACACAAGUGCCCGGAGAUCUAAGGAUCAUACUUCACCCUGAGAAUCACGCUAGCCGCCCACCUACAACACUGGUGUACAACUGGACGAUCACAAAGGGCUAUCGUCGCCCAGACGGUGUGGCCAAAGAAGUGUACCUGCUCAAUGACAACUUUCCCGGAGAAACCAUCGAAGCUCGUUCCGGAGACAGAAUAAUAGUGAAUGUCACCAAUCAGCUUAGCAAUGAAGGGCUCGCCAUGCAUUGGCAUGGACUGAGGAUGAUGGGAGCCAACGAGAUGGACGGUGCCGUCGGCUUGACGCAGAACCCGAUCCCGCCGAGCGGGAGCUUCCUAUACGACUUCACCAUCGGCCAAGAAGAAUCUGGCACCUUUUGGUAUCAUGGCCACGAGAAAACCCAGCGGGAUGAUGGCCUCUACGGUGGCUUUGUCGUUCACCGUCCAUCGGAGCAAUGCAACGAGCGACGCAAGUACGAUUAUGACGACGAAAUCCUGCUCCUGGUCGGCGACUGGUAUCACCGGCCGAGCAACGACGUCCUCAGUUGGUAUAUGAACUCGAGAUCGUUUGGCAAUGAACCUGUUCCAGACUCUCUGGUCAUCAAUGGCUUGGGUAAUUUCGAUUGCGAACUGGCGGUACCAGCACGGCCUGUCGACUGCUUGUCGCCGGAAACCCGGAUCGACCUUCCUGUGCUGCCACUCAAGGGUGGCCAGCGCACCCGUUUACGUCUAGUCAAUACAGGAUCGUUGACAGGGUUCUCAGUACGAAUCCAUGGUGCCAGCAUAACACCCUUUCAAGUUGACGGCGGCAGCGAGAUAGCUAUGGCAGAAGCGCGAGGUAUUGGGAUUGUUUACCCGGGCGAGCGGGUAGAUGUGGUCUUGCAGAUUGGUCCCUCGACCAACCAACCUUUUGUCGAAAUCAAAAUGGACGAUGAGAACUUCAAGUAUCCAAAUCCAGCUCUCAAUCCUAUCCAGAACUUUCCCGUCCAGACAAUCGCAGACAAUGUCGGUAUGGCACUGCCAGUUCCGGAGGUCGAGCACUACAAUCUGCAGGCGGCCUCCUCAAAUUCUAGCUUACGGGUUGCUUGGCCAGAACAACCGCUAAAGUUCGUUAUUUAUACCACGACACUGAAAUUGGCAAAGCAUCACAACAUUCCCAUGGGAUUCAUAAAUCACACCAGUUGGUCGCCACAGGCUGAACCGCCGGAACCAUUGAUAUCGAUCUCUCGAUCCCAGUACGAUCGGAACCAGCUCUCGCCUCGCAUUCCGCUGUUCAGGAAAGGAACAGCAGACACUGGGCUUUCGAAAGGUUGGGUCGAGGUUGUCAUUAACAAUCUUGAUGACGGGGGCCAUCCAUUCCACUUACACGGUUAUUCCUUCUACGUCGUGUCCGUCUUCCCGCGCCCAGUAGCAUGGACCGGCACGAAGCCUCCCUUCACUCCAGGGGGAUCAAGCAUGUAUAACUACAACCCCUUUACCACACAGCCCCAAGAUUCUCCUGCAGGCGAGUACAACCUGGUCAAUCCGGUCAUGAGGGACACUGUCUUCGUCCCGCAGAGAGGCUAUGCAGUGAUAAGAUUCCAAGCCGACAACAUGGGUAUCUGGAUGCUGCACUGUCACGUGGGCUGGCAUCUGGGAAGCGGUAUGGCCAUGAGCUGGGAUGUGCAGUAG